GCGGACACACUCGCCGGCCAUCCACCAUCCACCAUCCACCAGCCGCCAGCCGCCAGCGAGGUCCCAGGUGUCGCGCCGAGAGAGUGGAUGAGCACAGCGGCUCCAAGCGGCUUCCCGCCAAGAUCCACGCUCGAUGGAACCCAGGAUGGACGCUAGAAUGAAGCCAGGAAGGGUGAUAGUGGUUGGAGCCGGUCUUAGCGGCCUGUGUGCGGCGCGGCUACUCGCACGUUAUGGCGUUGAUGUGGUGGUGCUGGAGGCUAACGACUACCCGGGCGGCCGUACGCUCACUAUCUACCCCUCAGACACAGACCCCAAGUAUGGCUGGGCCGACCUGGGCGCCUCGUACGUGGGCACUACCCAGACUCACAUCCUGCGACUGGCUAAGGAGCUGGGCUGCACCACGUACCCUACAUACAGCAAGCAGGCCUAUAUCCUCUACAGCAAGGGCCGACACAACUACUACUUCUCGUCGUGGCCUACAUUCUGGUGGAGUAACCCCCUGGCCUGGCUGGAGGUGAUCCAUGUGACCCAGCGACUUGACGCCAUGUGCUGGGAGGUGCCGCCGGACAAGCCCUGGGAGGCACCGCGCGCGCGCGAGUGGGACUCCAUCACUGCCAAGGACUUCUUCAAGAAGCACUGUUGGACUAAGGACUGCUUGGAGUUCCUGAUGUCAAUCUGCUGCGUGACCAACACGGCGGAGGCACACGAGAUGUCACUGCUGUUCUUCCUGUGGUACAUGCGGCAGUGCAAUGGUCUGGACAUCCAGUGGCAGAUCGAGGGCGGUGCCGAGGAGAGCAAGAUAGUGGGCGGCACACAGCAGCUCAGCGUCACCAUGGCCGAGCACCUUGGGGACCGUGUGUACCUGAGCCACCCGGUGACAAGCGUCAACUACUCCGGCGAGGGCGUCACGGUCCAGACACUCAACGGUGCGCAGUUCAAGGGCUCCCACGUCAUUCUCGCGAUGCCACCAGCCAUGCAGGGUAAAAUACAUUUUGAUCCACCUCUCCCCGCUGACAGAGCAAGUCUUAUCCAGAGGUGUCCAAUGGGUUCUGUGCGCAAGUGUCUGGUAUUCUACGAUCAUCCAUUCUGGCUAGCGAAAGGUUACAACGGCAUAGCGACUUGCAACGAUGGCGUGGAGGUGAUAGGCUUCGUGGGCGGCGACGUGAAGCCUGACGUGCAGCUGGUGGGCAUGAUCUGCUUCGUUUACGGCGACAAGGCCAGCAGCAUGAACAACAUGACACUGGAGGAGAGACAGCGCACUGUCUGCAGCUGCCUCGCCCGCUUCUACAAGUCUGACGCCGCUCUCAAGCCUGUGCACUUCAUGGACAAGUACUGGUCGGCGGCGCCCUACAUCGGCGGCGGCUACACCUGCUACUACCCGCCAGGCGUGCUGACGCGGUUCGGCCGCGCGAUCCGCGAGCCAGUCGCGGGGCGGGUGUUCCAGGCGGGCACGGAGACUGCCACUCAGUGGACAGGCUACAUGAGCGGAGCUGUUGAGGCAGGCGAGCGAGCGGCGCGCGAGGUGCUUUCAACGUGUGGCCUCAUCAAAACGAGCGAAGUGUAUGAGAAGAAUCUGUUCAGACCAGUGGAUAAGACUUUUGUGGAGAAAUAUUUACCUGGCAUUGGCACUAUACUGGUUUUUAUAACCCUUAUUUUAGUUUUGCUAAUAAUUUUAGUUCUUAAUUAGGUUGUGUUCACACACAUUUUAUGUAAAUAGUCAAGAUUGUUGUGAUUGUUGAUAAUUUGUACACAAUUAUAAAUGUGAUAUUAUAAAUAUUUAUUUUAAAAGUGUUGUUCCUAUUCGUUAUAGCUUGUGUUUUGUUAUUUCCUAGUAUUGAUAAUACAAAUUGUAUUGGUUCGAUUGCUUCUUUAAUUAAGUCAAACAACCUUUUGUGUUAACAGUACAAAACUAUUAUGCAUAUUACUAUUCUGUGCCUAUCAAUUAAUUAUUUAUAAAAAGUUAAGAUAGUGUAGAAUUUAAAUAGGAAUUUAUUUCUGUUCACUGUUGUUUUAUAUUUUAUAUUACAGAGAAUGUAUGCAUUACCUGUGGCUUUAAAAAAUGUUUACUAGGGAAAUCGAGGAUUGUAUGUAUCCAUCAAUCAUUCAGUUGUACAAAAAUUUAUAAUUUUGUUAUGUUUGAUAAUAUAAACAGUUAUAAUCCCUUAAUCAUCUGUGAUAAAAAAUUUCUAUAAUUUUUUUGUAGAAUUCACUCUGUAUAGAAAAUGCCAUGGCUUGUACAAAAUAAUAUGUACCUACAAAUGCAGGUAUGUUAUGCUGUGGUAUAUUCUGCCUCAAGUCAUAUAUGUAUUCUCUUUUUUUUAUUCUCUAUGUAAGUUAAACUUAUAAAUAAAUUAUUUUGCUUGGAAA